GGCAUGUUUCAAAUACAUUAGGUGUGGGAGUAUUGGUGUUACAACUUUUAAGUAUAGAAUCAUGAAGGAAAAUUAAACAAACCCUUUUGCAAGAAGAGAAAGUUUUGAUAAGAGGAAUGGAGGUGGGUUUAAGAGUAGAUUUUGUACAUGUAAGAAGAGUGAUGGGUGGAUAAGAAGCAAUUCCUCACAUUGGCAUCAUAUUGUUGGCCAUUAUAUCACUUCUCUUAUGACCUACUACUCAUUGCCUUUUGAAUUUGAUUUUUAAUAAAAACCCAACAAUUUUCCAUUCCAAAACCCAAAUUCCCAUCAAAAUUUUCCACCCUCUAUCCUAGGGUACUUGUAAAAUCACUAUUUGAGCAUAGUAAAAAAAGAAAAACUUGUGGUAUUGUUUUGGCCAAGUGCUAAUAUGUACAUAGUGUGUAGGAUAAGGGGUGUGUAGUGGUACAUGAGGUGUAGGUUAGAGCAUAGCACUUCACAUUGAUCACUCAAAAGCAGAAAGAAAGGAUUAAAGAAAUGAAAUCAAAGUAAUUCAAAAAGCUACUCCAAUUUUUUUAAUAAUACUCAUACAAAAGCAAGCCAAAGAUCAAAACUUUGGCUCCAAUUUUCUAUUUUACCCCAUGAAUAAAAAAGAAAAUUAAAAAAAGGGUCACUUUCUGUUUCUACUUUUUGAGAAUUUUCAUACUUUAAAGAGUGGGGGUGAUGGAACUGAUUGAUGUUCAGAGGGUUGAGUUACUUGCUCAAGAACUUCCUGUUAAAAAAAGGUUCAAGCUUUGAACUGGGAAAAGUUUGUAACUUUCAUUCAAUUUCUACAGAUUCAGAGAAGGAUUUAGUGGUUUGCAACUGAAUUUGCUUCCUUUUAAUUAAAGUUUCAGUUUUUUAAUCUGGGAAUUGUUGUUAGGUCUCUAGGGAUUACAAUUAUUCCACAUAAUUUCAUUCACGCUAUCUUUUUUUCCUCUAACAAUGUCUUCUGAUAUUAGUUAAACUAAAAGCAUCUUUCUGUUUUGGAGUAAAGUUGGGAUCUUUUUUGGUGAAUUUUUGCAAUAUCCAUAUUGUGCAUUUGUGCGUAGGAUGGAAAAUUGUAUGAAGAAAGGUAUUUAUAAGGUUAAUUGUGUUGUGGGUGUGAUUAAUUUUGUGAAAUUUCUGUCAUUUUGAGCUAUUUGAGAGUAAUUUGAUUGGAAGUACUGCUAGGGUUUGUGUUUAGGGUCUGUGUUUAACUCAGAUGGGGAGAGAUUGCUUGCUGCUACCAACUGUUGGACCGCCAAUAAAGCGGCGAGCAGGGUUGAGGAGGAAACAGGCAGGAAGAGGUUCAUAUAGAGGAAGCUAGAUUAGAGAAUUGAGUUAAUUAGGUUGGUACUUUUGUGUGGCAGAUUGACAUUUAUUAACUAACAAACCCGAGUUCACGGUGCGAGUGUUCUUUAGUUGAGGGUGGGAGAAGGGGUGGGGAUUUAGAGUUUGGAUUUGCUGGUGAGUGAAAAGAUGACUACUCAUUUGCAACAAUUGCUUAGGAGCCUAUGUUGGAAUUCAGAGUGGAACUAUGCUGUAUUUUGGAAGCUCAAUCAUCGAGCUCGAAUGGUCCUGACUUGGGAAGAUGCUUUCUACAAUAAUAACUUUAAACUUGAUCCUUUCGAGAGUAAAAGCUUUGGUGAAGCAUUUGAAGGCUUGCAUGAUGGGAAGGUUGCACAUGAUCCUCUUGGCCUGGCUGUGGCAAAGAUGUCGUAUCACGUAUAUUCUCUUGGGGAAGGAAUUGUUGGCCAGGUGGCUGUUACUGGGAAGCAUAGUUGGAUUUUUGCCGGCGAACAAGCAAUGAGUUCCGACUCGCCACCGGAGCCAUGUGAUGGAUGGCAAGCUCAGUUUGCAGCUGGAAUCAAGACCAUUGUUGUCGCGGCGGUUGUUCCACAUGGAGUUGUACAGCUUGGCUCUGUGAAUAAAGUUGAUGAAAAUUUGCAGCUGUUGACUCAUAUUCGAUACGUAUUUUCGUCUCUUCAAGAGUCAGUAUGCCAUAUCCAGACUCCAAUACAUAGCAGUCUGCAGAAUGUGUUACAUAUGUCGGAUAUACCUGCAAGAAAUUUUAGUCCAGUUAUCCCUCAAGAGUGCUUACUUGAUCUUGAUAAAACGACAAAUAAUGGGCUUAUUCAUUCAGUAUCUGGAAGUCAGCAUUCUAUUGAUCAGCUCAACGGCUCGAAUUGUGGAAGUAAGAGUUACAAAACUCAAAAUGGAGUUAUAGGUGCAUCUUCGCAAAGUUGCAUAACAGAAAAUAGCGCUGUAUGUGACGUUAAACUUUCAUUUGAGAAGUCCAAAGUACCGGAUCAUUUGUCUGAGGAAAAAGUUGAAAAGGUGAUUGCUUCAGAUUCGGUAGAAAAACUGAAGGCGGAAAAUAAUGUUGAAAAUAUACAAGAGUUCAGUUGCUUGGAUGGUCUUGGAAACUUGCAUUCAUCCGUCAUGUUCUCGGCUGGAACAGAGCUGCAUGAAGCUUUAGGACCUGGGUUUUUAAAACAGUGCUACCCUUGGUCUUGGGAGACAGAAAAUUCCGAGGAAAGAUUUGCUUCUCAGAUGCCAGAUGCUGUGGAAAGUAGCCUACUUACAACAGAUUCUGGCACGGAUCAUCUUUUAGAAGCCGUUGUGGCUAAUUUUUUCCAUAAGGAUGCUGCUUUUAAGAGCUCAAAGUCGCUCUCGACAUCUGAAUCUAUGUUAACGACUGAAAAAAUGCCGGAGCCAUCUAUUGAUACUAGCCAUACAAUAGGUUCAUCUUCGUAUUACUCGAUUGGGUGCUCGUCACUUCUAGAGGAUAGUACACAGAACUGCUUGAACUCUUCAGACUCUUGUAGCAUUAGGUCUUCAACUAGCGCAUAUAGAGAACCGUUGGCGAGGCCAGUUGAACCGGGUAAGCCUAAUAAAAAGAGAGCUAGACCCGGUGAAAGUUCUCGGCCUAGACCUAGAGAUAGGCAGCUUAUUCAAGAUCGGAUUAAAGAGCUCCGGGAACUUGUUCCCAAUGGAUCAAAGUGUAGCAUUGAUUCAUUGCUAGAGCGUACAAUCAAGCAUAUGGUCUUCAUGCAGAGUGUCACAAAGCACGCCGACAAGCUUAGUAACUGUGUUAAGUCUAGGGGUUGCAGUAAUGAAAUGGGAGCGUUAGGUCCUGGUUAUGAGCAAGGGUCAAGCUGGGCCGUAGAGGUUGGAGGCCAUAUGAAAAUCUGCCCAAUUGUAGUAGAAAAUAUCAAUAUGAAUGGGCAAAUGCUAAUUGAGAUGUUAUGUGAAGAUUGUGAUCAUUUUCUCGAGAUAGCCGAAGCCAUCAGGAGUUUGGGCCUGACUAUAUUAAAAGGCAUGACCGACAACCAUGGAGAUAAAACAUGGAUGCGUUUUGUGGUUGAGAGUCAGAGCAACAGGAACUUGCAUAGAAUGGAUGUCUUGUGGUCACUUGUCCAGCUAUUGCAAUCAAAAACUACUAGUUGACGGCUUUUGCUCGAUUGGUGUCAGCAACAUCGGUUUCGGUGCUUUCUUUGAAGUGCUGUGAGUUGUUUUGUCAUGUUUUGCGACAACUGCUUAUUAAACAUGUUUUUUUUGUGUUUUGGAUUUGCAUGCUCCCUUUCAAGUAUGAAUAGUUUGUUAGAGAAAAGAAACCCCGAAAAUACCGAACAAAUGGAUCUUUUCUGUUUACUGUUUGUUUUGAAUCUUCUUUUUUAUUUUUGGGUGAGAAUUGUAACCCGCCUGGCCCAUGUAACACUUUACAACUUGUUAAUGAAUCUUAUGUGCGCAUUUUGAUUUCACUCUCUUUUCUCUAAUACUCGGCUAGUCUUUUUCGUUCAUAUUAUAUCAUGAACUGCUAAUCAUGGACCUACCCUGACUCCAGCCCCAAGCCCCAAGCCCCGCCCAUGCACAAUUAUUGGUUCUUAACGUGGU